AUGGUCCGCAAAAGCGCUAUUCAACGGCAACGUGAUGAUGUUCGCGUCGAGAUCGAAGAAACGGAGAGGGAUAUUCAAGAACUUUUAUCGCUCAACCAAUCCAUUCUGCUGGAGAUUGAUACGGAGAUGGAGUCCGACUUGUUGACGUCGGACGCGAUGGAGACGGACUCCGACGCGUCGUUGCCUCCAGCCUCUUUCUCACCUUCGGAAGACCCAGUGCCAUCCGCCAAUGUUACCAAAGGCACAGCUAAUCGAUCCUCUAUCCCGGAAACUCCACUCGUUGAUUCUUGGCUUUCCCAAUUCUGGCCCGAAUCGUCCGAAGUGUCCGACGACCGGUCUGACGUUCUUGACAGGCUGAGGACGCUCCGCACCGAUCACUUUCACAUGAACUACCGCUUAAUACAGGCUCUUGGGGACCACCUAGAGAUGUUGCUCCGCAAAGAAGAAGAACUCGCGGGACAACGCUACGCGAAUCGGGCAAAGAAAUACGCCGGCAGAGGACCCGGCCACGGGCUGAUGAGGUGUUUGGACAGUGUGGAUCGCAAUCGCGACCAAGACCUUUUCUUGACCGAUAUUCGCAUGAGCAAGAAGGCAUUCGACGAGUUGCACAAAGCUGUGAGUUCAUUAUGACCGUGUGGCAUCGCGCAGGUGCCUUAGUCUGUGGUGGCCUGAACAUCUUCUUGCCCAUGCGCCGUCAGGUGAAAGGACACGACGUGUUCAAGUCUCGAGGCAAAAAACCUCAGACGUCGCCAAGAAUCCAACUCGCCGUCGCGUUGUGGCGCUUUGGUGGCUACGGGAACCGGGCCUCGGCAAAGGAGGCCGUCCAGUGGUCCGGUUACAGCAUUGGAUCAGUGCUAAAAUUUACCGAUCGUGUCAUCGUAGCGCUCAACGAGCCGAUUGGGGGGCCCAUGCGUACUAGGCGCGGGACUACUAAGCGUGCUCGAGAUGAUGACUACUCGGACCUACGACCUCGGCACUCUCAACAAACGCCAGCCACCCAAUCUCGCUCCCAGUGGAGUGAACCCGUUCAAAUUCAAGGCGAUUAUAUGCUUGCGAAAUCUCGCAUCGCCGAAGCGCGGGCUGCUCGCGACGCCGAACGGAGGGCGAUUCGGGACCGCGCCCAAGCAGCAAAGGACGAAGAGGCCAGGCGAUCGGCUCGCGAUAAGCGGCACAUCACACGGACCACGUUCUAUUUCGAAAACGUGUGUAACUGGCCCGAGGAACGGCAGGCACAGUUCCGCUUAUAUACGGACGUUGACCGGUUCUUAGGCGGUGAGGAGGAUUAUCAAAUUGCAAGAGCACAGGAGUGA